AUGUCGAUGAUUUAUCUUGGGAUUCCGGAAGAAAAUGUUUUGGAGAAACAUAUAGAAGGGAUACAACGGUAUUGUGGUUCGGAUUUGAAAGUGAAUUCGAUUGCUUCUCAGUAUGUUCAUAAACUUGGGAUGAUAAUUAAACGAUCGACACAUGAAUUGGAUUUGGAUGAUCAAGAAAGUUUGCAGCAGAUGCUUAGGUUUGGACAUCGGAGUCUUAUAGCAGCAGAUUCAACUUUUGGAAUCAAGAGAUUAAAGUAUCCUUUGUGCACACUUCUUGUGUUUGAUUCGAGACAACACGCACUCCCUGUAGCAUGGGUAAUUACUCGAAGUGUUGCAAAAUCCGAUGUAUGUAAGUGGAUGAAAGCUCUUCUUGGCCGUGUUCGUGCUGUUGACCCAACAUGGAAAGUCAACGGAUUUAUUAUCGAUGAUGCAGCAGUAGAGACUGAUCCCAUAAGGUUUUAG